AUGAAGGCAUCCCGCCGUCCUUUGCGGGCUCUGUCUUGCAUGCCCACGACUUAUCCUACUCCCCGAUAUGUCAGCGGCACGAGCAAUGCGAAAUCAUCCAUCGCAGCGACACCGGCUACUAGCCUGUUGCAUCAAGUUUCUCCAUCCCCCAAGAAGGAGGCAACCUCGCCGCUCGCAAAACUGCCUCUCUCCUCUGUCCUGCGGUCCUUGAUGAUCCUCUCUGUUUCUUCAUCCUCACUUUUACUGAAGCCAUGCAUCUAUACCCUUUCAAUGUUGGCGCAUCCCAAAACGCCUCUUCUCGACGUUGCCAAAAACCCUCUGCUGAACAUGCUCGUCAAGCACACCAUCUACAAGCAGUUUAACGCGGGAGAAAACAAGCCGGAAGUCCAACAGUCCAUUCGCGCUAUCAAGGAUCUCGGCUACCGAGGCGUCCUUCUGGGUUACGCCAAGGAGGUCUUGGUUGGUGAGAGCAACGUCAGCCCUCGUGAUGAAAAGGCCGCUCGCGAAGAGGUUCAAAUGUGGUUGGACGGAACUCUGCAGACCGUGGAUAUGGCACAGGAAGGCGAUUUCGUCGCUCUGAAAUUCACUGGUAUGGGUGUCCAAGCGUUGGACCUCUUGCAGAAGAAGGCCGCCCCCUCUCCAUUUAUGGACGAAGCUAUUCAGCGAGUUUGUGACUUGGCUAUUUCCCGUAACGUUCGCUUGCUCGUCGAUGCCGAGGAGCAGGCAGUGCAGCCCGGAAUCGAGAACUGGACCAUGAAGUACCAGAAGUACUGCAAUUCGCAGACACCUGGCCGUGCCAUCUUCUACAACACCUACCAGGCCUAUUUGUGUUCGACCCCCGCCACUCUCGCCAAGCACCUGGAGAUCGCCCGUCAAGAAGGCUACACGCUUGGUGUGAAGCUGGUCCGUGGCGCCUACCUCAAGACCGAGCCUCGCCAUUUGAUCUGGUCAACAAAGGAGGAAACCGACGCUUGCUACGACGGCAUUGUUGAAGCCCUUCUCACCAGACAGUACAACUCCAUGCUCAAGCCCGCGUCCGUGGAACACACGACCGAACUACCCCCCGUUAACGUUAUCAUCGCCACACACAACCGUGAUUCUGUCCGCAAGGCACACGCGCUGCGUCUCCAGCAAGCAAGCAAGGGUGAGGACAAGAGCGUGGAUCUCUCGUACGCUCAGCUCCAAGGUAUGGCGGACGAAGUCAGCUGUGAGCUGUUGGAAGGCUUCCAGAGCUCCGAGCCCACUGGCAAGAACUCGUUCGUGGAAUCGCCUAACGUGUACAAGCUUCUCACCUGGGGAUCCGUCAAGGAAUGCAUGGGAUUCCUGCUCAGACGGGCCGUCGAGAACACCGAGGCCGUCGGGCGCACCAAGCAGUCGCAGGAGGCCAUGUUUGCUGAACUCAAGCGCAGAGCUCGCCAGGCUUUCCGUCUAAGAAACUGA